ACAGCCGUGAAUGGAAAAGCCCACGUCAGCAAAGCGUCUUGCUUCGCUUGUUGUGGCAAACACUGUCGGCCACAAAGUUCGGAGAGCUCUGGACAGAGCUCGAAGAAUAAGCUCCGAGCGAUGUGUCAGAGAAUGGCGAUCGAUUGGGAGGCCUUAUAUCCGGCACACCAGCAAGUUUCAUUCUCAAAUCGGUCAACAAGAUCGCAAGCCUCUCUACGCUCCAGAACAAGCUCGUAUCAUGCCGUUGAAGUGGUUCCGCAGUCAUCGUCGCAGCAGCACUAGCAGUACCGAAGAUGAAGCCACUUGGUCAACAACGGAGACGUCCACCACCAAGCAGAAGACCAAACACGCCAAGCUGUGGUCUCGUCGAUCCCACUCGCAAGGUCACGGCCUGCGUUUCACGGUCGGCUUGGGUGGAUCCGCACAGCACCAACUUGACGCGGCUGCCGCUGUCGCUGCGGAGGAGCAGCGUCGCAUCUCGUACCAGACCAAGACUCGUCGUCGGUUCACGAUCCACGGUCUCUCCUACCAGCCCAAGCACAGCGAAGCCGCAAGACGGAGCUGCAACUCGACGCCGACAGGUCCACAGACAGAACACACGUUCCCACUCACGCCGGAUUCGCACCCUUCGAUCAUCUUCAUCGACUGCCCGCCGUGA